UCACCGUCGAGUUUGACGUCGCUGCCGCUCCAGCUGUUCCUCGCCGCUGUGCUCCCUCCGCCCGUCAGCCCGCUGCCGUGCUGUUCGCCCGCUUAUCCGAUGCUGCAGCGACCAUGACAGGCAUCGCCGCUGCUUCAUUCUUCUCCAACGCUUGCAGGUUCGGCAGCUGCGGACUUAACUUCGACUCUCUGGCCGAGCUCAUCGUGCACAUCGAGGAUAACCACAUCGACACAGACCCUCGCCUUCUGGAGAAGCAGGAGCAGCAGCAGCCCACCUAUGUGGCCCUCAGCUACAUCAACAGGUUCAUGACAGAAGCUGCGAGGCGGGAGCAUGAGGCGCUGAAGAAGAAGAUGCAGCCCAAGUUAUCUGUGUCUCUGACGGGCAACCUGUCCCGCAACAGCGUGUCUACGCCACCUCGCCACACCAGCGGGAACCUCACCCCUCCAGUCACCCCUCCCAUCACCCCUUCCUCGUCCUUCCGCAGCAGCACGCCCACAGGCAGCGAGUGCGACGAGGAGGACGUCGACUUUGAGGAGUCUGACAGCGACGAGUCGUGGACCACGGAGAGUGCCAUCAGCUCAGAAUCCAUCCUCAGCUCCAUGUGCAUGAACGGAGGCGACGAGAAGCCCUUCGCCUGCCCUGUGCCUGGCUGCAAGAAGAGAUACAAGAAUGUCAACGGGAUUAAAUAUCACGCCAAGAACGGCCACAGGACACAGAUUCGGGUGCGCAAACCCUUCAAGUGCCGCUGCGGGAAGAGCUACAAGACAUCUCAGGGUCUUCGUCAUCACACCAUCAACUUCCACCCGCCUAUCUCCGCCGACAUCAUCCGCAAGCUGCAGCAGUCGUGAGGUCAUAAGGUCAUGAGCGCUCUGCCUGAACGUCAACACCACCAGCAGCAGUGUUUCUUCUUCACCCUGUCACACUAUACUUCUUCUUUAUUUGCAUGACUUAUUAGGAUUCAUCCACGCUUCUUUUAAACUUUUGUAUUUUGCACAGUCAAGCUAUGAAAAUGUCGAGUUUAUUUUUAUCGUAUAUAUUUUUUUUGGGGUGGGGGCGGCCUCUGGUGCUUGUUGGUGAAAGAAAUCGCCUGACGUGUCGUUUUUCAUCACCAUGCCUUGGCAAUGCCAAAAUUGCACCCCUUUUGAAGGCCACAACAUUAGGUACACCAGCACAAUAAUGACUGAAUAAAUCUCUGGGAGGAUUUUAGCAUGUGCCUAAAAUUGUGGCCAGUCAGAGUAUAUCUCAUUUUAUUAUCGCUUACAUGUGAGAGCACCCAACUCAGGUGACGUUUGCAAGCAUUUCAGCAACGUGUUCCAACAGUGUUUUUACUCCUCAAUAUCAAGCACUUUUUUUCUCUUUACAAGUUGCCAACCAAUGAACAUUUUUGCCAACCUCACGUUCCUAGUUUAUGUAAAUAUUAAUAGUAGGGGUGUCUCAAUACGAUACUGAUAUUGGAUAACAGUUCGAUAUCAGUAAAAGUGCCGGAUGAUAUCGGUUACAAGCAGUCCUGCAGAGCGUUGACUUGGACAGCCAGUUAUCAUCUACAUGUCCUCCAAAAAGCUCACAAUGUUUGUCUAUUUUUAUGUUUUAGUCAAGUCAUUUACUGAAAGUAAACAUGUAGUCUCUGGGAGCUAGCAGCUACACAACAGCUAAGCACACAAAGUGCUUAAUAAGUGUUUAAAACAGGACAUUUUUCAAUACAAAAAAGUAUGAAAGAAUCAUAUUUCCAUCUUACCGAUACGAAAAGUCUAUAAGGCACACUGGAAAAUGUCAGUGUUCAAAAACGAGAAAAAAAAAAAAAAAAAUUUGGGGUAUUUUAUUUGAACUAAGUAAAAUAAACUGCCAAUAGAACAAGAAAAUUUUGCUUGUCAAGAUUUUCCAAAAUAAGUCAAAUUAGCUAACCUCAAUGAACCCAAAAAUACCUUAGAAUAAUAAUAUUCUCACUAAUAACUGUACUGAUUUGAUUGAUUGAUUUAAAUUUUUAUUAGUAGAUUGCACAGUUCAGUACAUAUUCCGUACAAUUGAACACUAAAUGGUAACACCCCAAUAAGUUUUUCAACUUGUUAAAUUCGGGGUCCACGUUAAACAAUUGAUGGUAGUACUACUAUACGAGCGCGUAUUUUCUAUUGUUUCAUUGAAAAUAAAACAGCAAAGUCCAUUUGGCUGUCAUCUCUUUUAAUAUGAGACAAUUUGGCAAAGUCAGGAUUUUUUUUACAUGCUUGAAAUAAGAAAUUAUUACUUUAAAAUAGUAGUUUUAUAUUUGUGAGUGUUGAUGACACUGCUUUGCAACAGUUGAUAUUCUAGUUUCAAGCAUGUUUUACUCAAUAUAGGUCAUAACAUCUCAGCAACAAGCUGUAAUAUCUUACUGAGAUCAUUUAGGACCAAAACACUUAAAACAAAUAAAACACUCAAGCAUAAAAUCUGCUUAGUGAGAGAAAUGUUUUUUCAGACAGAAUAUAAGCAAAUAUCACCCUUAUUUCAGAUAUUUUAUCUUACUUAGAUUUCAGUGUUUGCAGUGCAAGAGUGUCUUUGAAAUUGUUUAGUAACAAACGUGUCCGCGUCAUCUUUUAACGUACUGUGACAUAAAUCGUGACUUCAUGAAUCGUUAUGGCCAAAGAAACAAUUACCACUCCACUUCAACUCGAAUGAUUACGUAAGUCUAUUCCAGAUGGUUAAUAAUAAAUAAGUUUGUGUUUUUCAUACAUUCCCUUGCAUCUAAUUUCAGUAGAUCAAAUCUUUUCCAACAUUCCACGCUACAAGAUGAAAGUGUGUAUUAUGAUUCUUGCUGAUAUCGUAUCGGAUAAAUAUCGGUAUUGACCAAAAGGCUCCAAUAUCAGUAUUGGAAAUGAAAAAGUCGUAUUGGGACAGCCCUAAUAAAACGAAAGUGAAAGUAUACAAGAGCUACUGUAUGCUGACUGUAUGGCAGUCAAAGUUUCAAUGUUUCUAGUUUUGUUACGUUUGUCUUUGUCUCAAAUCGUCAACCAUUCCAGAAUCCAGAUGGUGUCAGUGGAGGCAGAUGUUGGAGCAGGGGUGUCUGAACAAAACUCGGCCACAGGGACCGUUUUUACUUUUGCAAGCUUUUUUUUUUUCUUUUUUAAUUGAUUGUAAGCAUAUUCUGAGAGAGUCAACCAUUCAUUAUCAAUAGGAUGUUAUAUCUAUAUUAUGAGUAGUGCCGUCAAAAGAUUCUUGUUUUUUAAUCAGAUCAAGCACUUUUGAUUUAGAUUAAUCACGAUUAAUCGCAGCAAAGUAAUCAGUUGCUUCAGUUUAAAUAACUUCAAAAAGAACCCCAAUAUUUGGACACAAAUGCAAUUUGAUAGAAUGUCAUACAGGGACACAUUUUAAAUGUGUUUCUUGAAUGCACAACAUUUAUUUGCUCAAACAUGUGGACAUUUUUAAUUUAAGUCCUGUCUGGGUGUAUUUUUAAGUGAAAUUUGCACAUUUGGAUUCUCUGCAAUUAUCUGAUGUUUGCAUUGACCUGACCUGAGACCACACACCUUUUUGGUAAUCAUUUGUGGUUAAAAUAAACGGUGGGAUUAAUCUGCGUAUAUGCAUAAUCAAUUGUGAUUAAUCACAACUUAAGGCAUUAUAUUUGACAACCCUAAUUUGGAGAUAUUACGGUAUCAUGUGACACUCAUGAGUAGUUUGGACGCCCCUGCAUUCCUGAUGUCUAUUUGUAGUUGUGAAGCUGUGUUCUAAGAGCUAAAGAAGGCCUUUGCACUACACUACUUUUCAUGGUAUAUAUUUUUUUUUAAAAGUGCCACCAAUCAUGUUUUAGAAAUCUAUUUUUCACUGCAUGGCAUGGAUUUUUGCAUUUUGAUGGAGAGUUGUGACAGUGUUGUACUGCCAGAUGUCUUUAAUAAGCGUGUACAGUGAAUGUAUUAUGCUUCAAGUGCAUUAAAUUAUAUUUUCAUAUGUUUCUGGAGGAGGGGUGGUAAAAAAAAAAAGAUUAUAAUGUAAAGAAGGUAUUCAUGUUUAAACAUUUUUUUAAAAAAACAAGCUGCUUCAUGUACAUUUUUGUUAUGUUUGGAAUAAAACGGUGUUCGGAUGUUUCAAA